UCAUUGGACGUACCGAGGGCGUGCGCGCUACACCUGCUAUAUAUAAAUCGGUUGUCUUGUCGCUCGUGCUGCAUUGCCUCCUUGCUCAGGCGCCGCACGUGACGCUUUAUCGGUUUAAUUUUAGAACUUCUUAUCAGUUCACGCCUACUUAAGUUUAUUUAUUAGUUGUACAGUUCACAAUGGCUUACCUACAGUCGAUGCCUAAAUCAGAAACCAUCGAGUUACGCGAAAAGCACAUAGGAGCCGCCUGCCAGUUGUUUUUCCGUUCAUCUCCAUUGAAAAUUGUGCGAGGCAUUGCCCAAUUUAUGUACGACGAAACCGGCGAGCGAUACCUAGACUGCAUUAACAAUGUAGCGCACGUUGGGCAUUGCCAUCCGCAUGUGGUGGAAGCUGGUCGUAACCAGAUGUCAUUAAUAUCAACAAAUAAUCGUUACCUUCACGACGAAAUCGUAAUACUCGCUGAGAGGCUCGUCAAGACGAUGCCGGAGUCUCUUUCAGUCUGUUUCUUCGUCAACUCUGGAUCAGAGGCCAACGACCUUGCCUUAAGAUUAGCUCGAGUGCACACUAAAAACAAGGACGUCAUCACACUCGAUCACGCGUAUCAUGGGCAUCUUACGUCUAUGAUUGAUGUCUCGCCAUACAAACUGAACCUACCAGGAGGGCCCGACAAACCAGAGUGGGUUCAUGUGGCACCAUGUCCUGACGUGUACAGAGGAAAGUAUGUGCAUCCACGGGAUUCGCAAUGUGAAGAAGAGCUAGGGAAAAUGUAUGCGGACGAAGUUGGAAGGAUCUGUAGAGAAAUUAAGAAGAAAACCAACGGAGUUUGCGCAUUCAUAGCUGAGAGUCUGCAAAGUUGUGGAGGACAAAUAAUUCCUCCAGAUGGCUACAUGAAAAGAGUUUUCGAGUACGUUCGAGAAGCGAAUGGUGUUUGUAUCGCUGAUGAAGUCCAAGUGGGUUUCGGACGCGCGGGCUCGCACAUGUGGGCGUUUGAGACGCAGGACGUAGUGCCAGACAUUGUGACGAUGGGCAAGCCGAUGGGCAAUGGGCAUCCUGUGGCUGCAGUGAUUACCACGCCGGAGAUCGCGAAGAGCUUUGCUGAUACCGGCGUCGAAUACUUUAAUACGUACGGCGGCAAUCCAGUUUCGUGCGCAAUCGCGAAUGCGGUCCUCGAUGUAAUCGAAGAGGAACGUCUCCUGGAGCGCGCAGCCAGGGUCGGCAGCCACCUCCUGACGCGCUGCGAGGGCCUCAAGCACAAGCACAAGUUGGUCGGCGACGUGCGAGGCAGAGGCUUGUUCGUGGGCGUCGAGCUGGUCACCGACAGAGAGGCCAGGACGCCGGCCACGGCGGAGGCCAAGCACAUUGUGAACAGGAUGCGUGAGGAAAAGAUCCUAAUUAGUAGAGAUGGACCAGAUAGUAAUGUAUUGAAGUUUAAACCUCCAAUGGUCUUCACAACCCAAGAUGCUGACAGAGUUGUGGACACACUCGACAGAGUUCUUGCUGAAUUGGAUGGAAAUAGUCUACCAAUGAAAGUACAGCUUGAGGUGCGUGUGACUCCAAUAAGAGAUGUGGAAAACAGCAAGCUGGCGCUGACAAACAGUAUACAGUGUGUUAAAACUGUUUAGUGCUAGGAAACAUUUCAAAAGUAUUAUCGAAUAAGUCUGUAAAUAUGUAUAGGUAUAAUGAUACUUUUAAGUUGUAUACUUAGUAAAUGUAAUACUAAAUAUAUAAGUAAAUUUUAUAUUGUAGAUAAUGGGUACAUACCACAAUUAAUUUGGUGUUGAAACUGAGUCGAAAUAUCUGCAGUUAAAAACACCAGAUUAAUUGUGGUAUGUAGACUUUAUCUACAAUAUAAAAUCACAAAAUAAGCUUAAAAUCAAUAGUAUAUAAGUAAAAUUAAGAGAUUAAAAGAAAGUUUACUUUAA